AUGGAAGCCUCACAAUCCACCCCCACCGCUAAUCCAAACCCUACCGCUAACAACACCAACUCAAUACUAUCAUCAACACCAGUGUGGCCAACAAUCGAUGGGCCACUAGGUCUAACAGAAGACGAAUCGUUAACCUACGCACGCAGAUUUUACAAAUUCGGAUUCGCACUCUUGCCUUGGCUUUGGGCUGUCACUUGCUUCUACUUCUGGCCUGUUCUCUUCAAUCCUCGCUCUUUCCCUCGCAUUCGUCCUUAUGUUGUUAGAUCAGCAGUUGGGUUCACGGUAUUCACAACUCUUCUUCUUUCAUGGGCCUUAACAUUUUCCAUUGGAGGGGAGCAACUCUUUGGCCCUGUCUGGGAUAAACUAGUAAUGUACAAUGUUGCUGAUAAAUUAGGCUUGACAGCAUUGUUGUCUGGUUUUGAACACAUUCUGCCAAGUAGCACUCCUUUCAAAGUUGGGAUUCACAAGUUCAGUCCCCCAUUUGGUAUGUAUUCUUCUUAUCAGUUUGGGGAAGAGGAGUUAGUCGCCUAA